CUUAAGCAGUAGCCAGUAAGGCAGUAAGCACGGCACACUGUCGGCAAUAAUAGCCAUGAGCCAUAAGUCCAAAUUAAUUUUUUUCACGUGACAAAUAAAUGUAUUUAUAUUGUUUUGAAUUUGAACUGAGCUAUUCCAGUAUCACCGACGAUAUAUUAUGAUGUAUUUAUAUACAUAAAUAUAUAUUGUUUCAUUUAUCUGUGAAUGCUCGAACUUAGAAGAUAUUUUCCAAGACCGUGUGUGAAUGUAUCAUAUAAUUCAUCAAUUCAUAACCAUAGACGUAUAAAAUUAUUAAAUUGAAUUCUUAAAAUUCUGCAGCCCGAGAUAUAAGAUGAACAUACGAGAUAUUAGCAUUAAUAAUUAUGAUAGAUGAUGUUGUUCUGUUCAAAGUGGAUACAGACAAUUAUAAAUAUAUCCACCUCGGUUCUGUAUAAUUCACCUUCUUGUUUAUUGAUUGAACAUAUUUAUACCAUUUCUGGAUGUUUGCAUAAUAAUUGUGAUAACUAUUGUUGUGUGAUAUUAUUAUAGAGCAUAUCAAGGUGGAUAAAUAUAUAUAUCAACCAUGGAGCAAACUUUUUUUUUCAAUGUAUAUUAUGUAUAUAUCCACAGGUAUAUAGAAUAAACAUAAACAUUCUGUAUAUACCUCAUUUUCGUUGUGUUUGGAUCUAGUGAGAGCAGUCUGCAGUUAUCUGGUACUGGUUAUCAGUUUAUCACCUAUGAUACGCACGCUUCUAACAGUUUAAAUACAGGAUAAAGAUUACUGCAUAAUAAAUUCAAUUAUACUGUACUUUUGUUGUUAUAAAUAUCAAAUUUUAAUUCGAAUUUCUCAUUUGCGGCAUAAAUACAUAUUGUCAUAAUAUUAUGUUUUCUUGUACGUGAAUUGUGAUCUGUUGGAUUCCUGUCGUCUGUUGUAUUUAUCUACGAUCAAAAUUUUAAAUGGAAAAUAUAAAUUUAAAGGAUAAUAAGUUGACUACCGUCGACGAUGCAGCUUAUUACAUACCAAAUUUUAUAACGGAAGAUCAGGAAACAUAUAUAAUGGAGAAAGUAAAUAGUGCACCAAAACCGAAAUGGUGUCAAUUGAAAAAUAGAAGAGUUCAAAAUUGGGGAGGCAUGCCUCAUAUCAAAGGACUUAUUCCCGAAACAAUUCCUGAUUGGUUAAAAGGAUUUAUUGAUCAAGUAGACAGUCUUCAAGUAUUUCCUAGCACUAAUAAACCAAACCAUGUGUUAAUUAAUGAAUACUUAUCUGGACAAGGGAUCAUGCCACAUUUAGAUGGAAGUUUAUUUUUUCCUACUAUAAGUACAAUAACCUGUGGAUCUCAUACUGUAUUGAAUUUCUAUAAGUCACUUAAGGACGAAGCAGUUGUAUCAAGUGAGAAAGUAUACAGUAUAUUGUUGGAAAGGAGAAGUCUACUAGUUUUAAAGGGUAAAAUGUAUACCGAAUAUAUGCAUGGCAUCGAGGAGAUUACCAAUGAUAUAAUAGACAAUAACAUAUCUAAUAUAACAUAUUGUGGAUCAAAUUAUCAAAAGGGAAUUUCAUUGACAAGAAAUAAGCGCAUAUCAUUAACUAUUAGAAAUGUUCCUAAGGUAUUCAAAUUAAAUUUGAAUUCAAUAUUUAAAAAAUAACUCAUCAAUUUUAAAACACAAAUAUGUACAAUAAAUUGUUUGAAUAUAUUUUUAAAUUCACUUACAAUAAUUAAUCAAAUUUAUAAUAUUUACAAUAAUAAUUUUUUUCUUGUAUAUAUAUAUUUUUAUAAUUAAAAAGUUGUUGGUAAAUAAAUGUUUUUUCUAAUGUGCA